GGAUCGAGGAGCUGGGCGCGCUAAGUCAGCUCGUGGUGCCCUAUGGUGGGCUCGCGGACAUCGGCGUGCGGGUCGGGGAGACGGUGCUGGUUGCGCCGGCGACGUGAUCGUUCGGCAGCGGCGCGGUGCGUAUUGCUGCGGCGACGGGGGCGCGCGUUAUUGCUAUGGGAAGGAGCGAGGAUGCGCUCGAGCAGCUGGGGCGGAUUUCGGACAGAGUGGCUACGGUAAAGAUCAGCGGCGACGUGGAGGAGGAUGUCGAAGCGUUGGCGCGGUUCAGCCCACUGGACGUGUUCUUCGAUAUCUCACCCGCCAGCGCGAAGGAUAGCUCGCACUUCCUGGCGGGCAUGGCGGCGUUGAGGCCAGGCGGGCGCGUGAGCCUCGUGGGGGGCCUAAAGGGCGACGUUGGGUUCCCAUAUGGACAGCUCGUUCACAAGGGGCUCACAAUCAAAGGAAAAUUUAUGAACACCGCCCAGCAAGCGAAAGACUUGAUUAAGCUGGUCGAAAGGGGGAUUUUGGAAAUCGGGGACAGAGCGGGUAUGAAGGUGACGGGGAAGUCUAGGCUGGAGAGCUGGGAGGAGGCGUUUAGGACGGCGGCGGAGGAGAGUGGGUCGGGGAGUGAUGUGUACUUCACGCCAAAUAAGGAAUAAGGAAGCUUUAUUGCAGGCAGGUAGGGGAAGUUUGCGUGUUAGGUACUGUGAGUAAGUACUUGGGUAGGUGCACACAAUGUUCAGAUGAAAAUGACAAUGGAUUCUUGAUGCGGGUCCUGUUUCGUCCUUACGUGGGAAAAGAUGAGUUGGAUCUCGGUGUGCAUAGUCAAAGCCCGUGUAGUAUACAACCUA